AUGGAUAAAACCAGAAUUAUUUAGAAUACAUAAAAUUUAAAUAAAGCAUUAUAGCAUUUAUUAAAUUCAUUUGAAAAAAACAAAGAUUGGUCUUCUGUAGGAAAAUGGUUAUAAAAAGUUGAAUAAGCAUUAAAAGAAAACCCCAGUCCAUACAUAGAAGAUCGAAUAAAUUUCUGCAAAAGGUUAGCCUAAUGUUUAAAUCCCGAACUUCCUGAAGCCAUAAACUUAGCUGCGCUUCGAAUAUAUGAAAACAUAUUCAAAAAUAUGCAAAGUGUAUCAAAUAAUAAUAUAGAAGAAUACGUUAAAAUUUUCACAGAUUAUAUAGGAGUAUAUAGUAUUGGUUUAUUUCCUUUUUUUAGUAAUGGCUAAUUAAGAAAUAAAUUUUAUUUUUUGAAUAUGAUAAAAAAAUAUUAUAUUCCAUUAGGAAAGGAUCUUAUUCCGUGUGCUCCUGGUUUAGUUUUGAGUAUAUUACCUGGCUUAGAUGAAAAUAAUUAAGAAUUGUUAAAAGAAAUACAUGAAAUUUAUACCUGUAUUAUGGUUGUGUGUGGAAGGAAAUAUUUUAUUGGAAGCUUUUGGAUGGCUAUCAUGAGAAGUGAUAGAGGAAAAGGAUCGGGAAUCAAAUAUUUAUCGAAAAUUAUUCCUAAAUUUAAAAAUGUAGAUAAUGAUGAUAUCAAAUAAUAAUAAAAUAAGGAAAAUUAAUAAAAUGAUAAAUAAUAAUACAAUUAAGAAAAUUAACAAAAAGAAAAUGAUAAUGAAGAAAUAUAAAAUUAUUAAUAAAACAAUAAAUAAGAAGGAUUUGAACAAAAUUAGUCUAUAGAAAAUGAAUAAGAAUUAGUAUAAACAUAAUAACAAACAAACGAAGUUUAAAAAAAAAUACCAAACAAAAGGACAACUUUAAGAGAUAAUAUAGAUCGUAUAAAGCAAAAUAUUUAUCAUAAUAAAGAUUUGUUAUAUUUAGAAAAAGACAUAGACGAAAAUAAUUUAGAAAAUAAUUAUCCAAACAAAAGUACAGUUGUGGUAAAUACAAUUUUAAGCUGCAUAGAAUAUGAAAAUGUGAUAGUAAAAAGAAACAUUAUUGAUUUUUUAUAAAGUCAUCUUCCAGCCUAAAAUGAUGAUAUCCUUUCGGAAAAUGAAAAAAUUUAAAUUUUGGAAGGAUUGCUUUAUUUAUUUAUCAAAAAAGAUAUUUCAGUAAUCCGAAGAGCUAAUAUAUGGCUUUUUGGAAAGCCAGAUGAUGAAAACAAGUUCGAUUUUUCAACUGAUAGAAGUAGAAAAUCAAUAAAAUUAGUAACUUAGGCUUUUUAAAACCUUUUAAAUAAAAAUAUUAAGGAAGAUUUCAAAUCUAUUAAAGAUCGAGUUAAAGUUCUUUAAAAUUUUUUUAUGGAACACGAUGAAAUUAUUGAAUAAAUUCUUAAAAAAAUAAGUUCUUAUAUGAUUGCUUAUAUAUAUAAAAGUGAAAAGAAUAAUCCUCAAAAUUCUCAUGAAAUAAUCAAAAUUGGACAAAGGUUAGUUGAAAGUUUAGGAAAUCAUAUUGAAGUAAUUUUAAAUAGUAUUUCAUUAAAAAUUUUAGAAGGUGUAUAUGAAAAUAAGAAUAUAGAAAAUGGAAACGAUAAUAAUUUUGAUGAUUAAGAAUGCAGCAAUAGAGUUAUAUAUCUAGAUUUUUUAUUCGAAAGCUUAUUAAAAUGUGAAGAAGUAUUUAAUGAAGAAAUUGCCAAGGUUUCUUUGGGAGAAAUUUUCAAAAACAUCUUCUAAGCAAUAAAUUAUAUUCCCGAAAAUAAAAUUUAAUAAUCCAAAUUUAUUGAAGAAUCUAUGAAAAUUGUAAAUAAAAUAUUAAAGAGAUAUUCCCAUUUGUCCUCUAUAUAAAAUCUAGAAAACUAAAUAGAUAUAUAUUCAAGCUUUUAUGUUAAAAUGUGUAAAGAUGUCCAAAACUAAUCCUUGUAUUAACUAGUAUGUGAGAAUUUAAUAAAACUAUAAAAAUAUGAUAAAAACUUCAAAGAAAAAAUGCUAGAACUUCCUUUAUGGUUUAAAUCAAUAUCUAAUUCAAUAAGUUCUGAAAAUCCUUUUAUUUCUUUAAUUGCUAUUGAAUCAACUAUAGAAAUUCUUAUAAAUGAAAAAACUCAUCCUGUUUAUGAAAGAUUAAAAGAACUUAUGGUUUAAAAUAGUAAAUAAAUAAAAUAAGAAGUUGAUUAUACAUAAAUUAUGCUAUAAAAAUUAUGGAGUUUAUUAGAUUUUUAAGAUUUCUAUACUAGAAUUAUUGAAUUAAUUGUUAAUUUUUGCUAAUAUUUUCCUCAUAUGUUUAAAUAAGCCCUUUCUGAUUCUUUUUCUUCGAUCAUAAUUACACAAAAAGAAAUUGAAAUUUGCAGAUUUAGCACUUUUUGGUAACUCACGAAUACUAAUAAUAAAUAUUAAAAUGAAAAUUUAAAUAUUAUUCAUUUAUAGGAAAUAAAUUAAGAAGGUCUUUUUUUAAUGAUUGAUUUUUUAGAAGAUGAAAAUCCUUUAAUUAGAAGUGCCGCAAAAAAUUGGCUUGUGGAAUCUUUUGAGGAUUUCGCGAGAAUUCUUAUACCUCUUUUUAGAGUUUUGGAAGCUUCUAUUGAAGAAUAGUAAGUUUAUGUGAGCGAUUCUUAAUAAAUAAUUUAUAUAUAGCCUUAUAAUACUAAAAGAAUAGCUUAAUGUUUUAAAAAAUUUAAAACUAUUAUUGGAUUAGCAGGCGAUAUUUUUAUUAAUUUUUUAAAAAAUAACGCACCAAAUGAUAAUGCCGUUCUCUAUUAAUUAGAUAUAUAAAACUAAUAGCAAUUCUAAUAAUAAUAUUAUUAAUAAAAAUAGCAAUAAUAAUAAACCUAAUUUUUAUAAGAAUAAUUAAUAUAAGAAUAAAAAAAUUAAAAUCAAGAAGAAAAACAAUAAGAAAAUCUAUAAGUUAAUUAAAAAAAAAAAAUCUAGAUAAGCAAUUAUCUUGAAUAUUUAAGUAUUAUAUGCAUGCGCUUUAUGCAAGCUCAAGUCCUAGAAAGCUAAAACCUCCAAUUUUAUGCCGAAAAUUAAUAAAUAAAUGCCUCCGCAUGUGAAAUUUUUGAAUUAUUAAUUGUCCAUUUAGACGAUGCUGAAGAGUGCUCGAUCAUAUGCCAAUAGCAAAUGGAGAAAAUACUAAAACUCUUAAGAGAAAACAUAAAAAAUAAAGAUUACGUAAUGCAAGUAUAAAUCUUAAAUUUAUUAAAAGUAAUGUUUUUUAAUCCUCUUUUCCAUAUGAAGACAGUUCCAAAAAUAAUUAAAGUUUUAGAUAGCAAUUUGUUCAUUCCUACUAUUGUAAAAGGCCUAAAUACUCCAAUAGUAUAUGUGAGAGGAUAAUUUAUUUAUUUUAUUAGUGUUUCUGUACCUUUUUUAUGCGAAAUUUUAGUUGAGAGUAAACUUGUAGAAGUUAUAAAAUAAAUAAUGAGUGUCUAUUAUUAAUUAAUAAAAGAGCUUUCUUAAAAAAAUAAUUAAUAUGAAAAAGUUGAUAAUAAAAUCGAAAUUGACAAAAAUGACGAUACCGAGUUUGAAAUUUAAUCCGUUUUGGAAGGUGUAAGGUUAAUUCUAAAGCAUUUUUUGAAAAUAAGAACUCUAGAAGAAAUCGAAGAAGCUAAAAAAAACGAAUACUAAACCGGAUUUUUCGAUAUAAUGGCCUCAUUUUUAUCUUUAGGGAUCUACAGUCCUUAUUCUAACACAGGUAAAGAUAAAAAAAUUAGAGAAUAUAAUGACGUGUGUAAUUGCUUAUUAUAUGACAUAAUGCAAAUUGUUGAGCUUUUUGUGAAUUCUUGGCAAUGUUAAACUGAGUUUUUAUAUGAGUUUAAUAGCUAUGGAAUUAGGUGCUAUGAUUUUGAAAAAUACAACACUUUUAAUAAUAAAUUAGGUGAGAUAAUUAAAGGAACUUAGUAAGUAAAAUUAGUCAUUAUAUAAAUAAUAAAGCCUCUUUUUUUCGAAUUCCCAAACGAAAUAAUGAACUCUUUUAUAGUCUUAUGGAAUAGAGAAUGUGCAUAAUAAAUACCUUAAAAGCAUGAGGAUUUUAAACCUAAUAUAUUUUUGAAUAAAAUGGUUCAAUUAUUAAUAGUAAUGGAUAUUUAGUGUGAAGUAUUUUUUGAUGCAAUUUCUAAAAGUUUUGUGACUUCACUUUUGGAUGAUUAUUACAAAGAAAAGAAGAAUUAAUAAUUAAAUAAUUUCCUUUUGUAAUUCGAAAUAGGUUAAUUGGAAACAAAUUUGCUUUUUUUGAUAUAUACAUACCUUGUUUUUAUAUAAAUCGAACCUUAAACACUUAAGAAAGAAAAGCUUUUGCUGCUUUGGGGUUCUAUUCUUAAAAUUGCAAAUAUUUUUAUAAAUUCGAAAAAUCCUAAUACUGUCACUUGGCUUGUAGAACUUCUUUUUAUGGCAAGUAAGAAAUAUAACCCUAAAGAAAUUAUAAGUGAUAGUAAAUUUAAAAAAGAAUUACAUGAUUUAUUAAACGAAAAGUUACUCUUUAUGUCUUUUUGGGUUUCUUAGAGUAAAUUUAAUGUCAAAUUUAGUAACGAUUAUUAAGUUAUUGCACCUUUUCCCCCUUCCAUAUAUGAAUUAUAACAAACUGAAGAAAUUCCUCCUAAAAGUUCAGAAGAAGAAAGAUACGAAUUAUUAUUCAACCCCAAUAUAUAAUCUAAUAAUCAAGAAAUCCAAAUAUAUAAUAAAUACAGACUCUAAAUAUUAUAAAUAUUCAAAUACUUAGGCCUUGAAGUACUCCAAAACUGUUACUCAGCUGAAAGGACAGAUCGUAUAAUCGUCAGAGUACUUGAAUUUAUGGAAGAUAUAUUUUUAGUAAUAGAAAAUAAAGCUUUAACAAACACUAUUUACAUGGAAAGUGCAUCUGAACUUCUAUACAUGUUAUUAGACAAAUGCCCUAUUUUACUAACAAAAGAUAUGAAAAAACACAUUCUUUCGAUAUUUAAUAAGGACAAUUUUUUCUCUUGUAGUAAAGAAAAUUUAAAAUACUGGGGGAAAAUAAUAAAUUGGCUAAUUUAAUAUGACAAAAUGCAUGAUUUAUUUACCGAAUAUUUAUCUAAAGUUACUUUAAUUUCUUCAUUUUUUUCUAAAGAACAAAAUGAGAACAAAAAGAGAAUAAAAGCAUUCAAAAGGGUUUGUUUUAUCGUUUUUGCAGGCGAAAAGGACAAAUAUGCAACCAAAAUAUAACAAUUACUCGAUAAAAUUUCCGAAGUGAUAAAAAAUUCGGAAAACGCGCAUCCUUCAUUACUUAUAUUGAUACUAUUUUGUAUCAGAAUUCUCAUUUUAAGGCUCUCUCCGAGUAAUCUAAAUGAACUUUUUUAAACUAUAUGGCCUAUGUUAUUAACAUUAUUGAUUUAAAUUUAUUCAAAACCCACUCCUGGACAAUAAUAAAAGAAAGAUGCAUUAAUGCUUGCUGGAUUGAAAGUAAUUGAAUUACUUUCGAUGAUAGAAUUAGAUGAGUUUUAUUUGCAUUAAUGGAUGUUCGCCUUUGAUUAUUUCGGAAUUAAAAUCGAAGAGGAUAAAAAUAGCGAAAAAAUCAGCCCAUUUAUUUUCCUGCCUUAUAUAGCCAAUUGCAUUAAUAAAGGAUAUGGGAAAGUCAAUUAUGUUAAUUAAGAAUUCAUUGAAAAUUUGUAAAAAGAAUAUGCUAAAAGAGAAAGGAAAAUUGUAAUUAAAGGAGAAAAUGAUAUAAAUAUGUAAACAUUUAGACUUUGUGAAGAACUCAUUAAAAAUAAUGAAUUGAGAAGUGAGAUUGUUUUUGACGAAAUUGAAAGAGGAAUCGAAGAUGAUUUUAUUAAUAUUGAUGAGUCUAUUUUAAAAGUAUGA